CAUACAUACGUACAUAUACAUAUAGAGAGAGAAAAAGAGAGGCUUCUUUAUCAUCUUCUUCCUGAGUCUACAUAGUGAGAGAGAAAAAAGAAAAAUUAUGAGGCUAGGUCUUGUUUUGUUUUGUCUGAAUUUCAUCUUUCUUUCUUUGUGUUGAAUUUUUAUAGGGUUUGCGGUUUUUUUGUCAAGUUUUCCCAUUUGAGAUUUGGGGGAAGUUGCCCUAUUCAAUUUUGAUCACACUUUUUUUUCGAUUUCUUUUACAUCUUAUACGAUUCUAGUUUCUGGGUUUUGUUAGAUUUGUGAUUUUGUAUAAAACCCAGUUUCAAUUUUCAAUCUGAAGCUCAGAUUGAUUCUAUAACGUAAAUUAUGAGGGCAGGAUUGAGUACUAUCCAGCAAACCCUAACGACGGAGGCGGCCACCGUCUUGAAUCAUUCAAUAGCAGAAGCUGGUCGUCGGAAUCACGGUCAAACGACGCCGCUCCAUGUCGCUUCCACGCUUCUUGCCUCUCCGACGGGGUUUCUCCGGCAAGCUUGCAUCCGGUCUCAUCCCAAUUCCUCCCACCCUCUCCAGUGCCGAGCGCUUGAGCUUUGCUUCAGCGUAGCGCUUGAACGGCUCCCCACCGCCUCGUCAUCUCCGGCGGUCACAGAGCCACCGAUUUCUAACGCCCUCAUGGCGGCUUUAAAACGGGCGCAAGCCCAUCAGCGACGUGGGUGCCCGGAGCAACAGCAACAACCGCUGUUAGCGGUGAAGGUGGAGCUAGAACAGCUAAUUAUAUCGAUACUUGAUGACCCGAGUGUGAGUCGGGUCAUGCGUGAAGCAAGCUUUUCGAGUCCGGCUGUUAAAGCUACAAUCGAACAGUCGAUAAGUAAUAACGUUUCCGGGAGUCAAUCAAAUUUGGGGAUCGGAUUCCGGCCAUCUCCGUCGCCGGCAACCACCCCUGUUUCAAUACCGAUAAACCGGAAUUUGUAUUUGAACCCACGGUUACAACAAGGGAAUCUUCAAAAGAACGAUGAAUCAACUCUAUCAUCAUCAUCAUCUUCUCCAAGGAAUCUUUAUUUAAACCCACGAUUACAGCAAGUUAAUCAGCAAAAGAACGACGAAACAUCAGCUCAAAGAAAUCCUUAUCUGAAUCCACGAUUACAGCAACAACAACAGGGGAACCCAAGUUUAAAUCCAUCAGGACACGAAAAGAACGAUGAUGUAAAAAGGGUUAUAGAGAUAAUGACAAAACCCAAGAAAAAGAAUCCAAUUCUAGUCGGCGAAUUGGGGCCUGAAGCAAUUCGUAAAGAGAUCUUGAGACGAAUAGAAAAUAAUGAAUUUUUAACAGAAGAACUGAAGAACGCUGAAGUGUUUUCAAUCGAGAAAGAGCUUGCAUCCAUGUCGGAUAAAUCACUAAUGCCCACGAAGAUCAAAGAAUUGGGCGAGCAAAUUGAUAAAAGAAUCGGGGUUUCCGAUAGCAGAGCAAUUAUAAUCGACGUAGCCGACCUCAAAUGGCUGGUUGAGCAACCACCGGCCACCAUUGUUUCUUCAGUUGGUCGUGAGGCGGUGGCGGAGAUGGCAAAAUUAGUCACAAAAUACAGUUCAGUCGCCGGAAAAGUGUGGUUGAUCGGAACAGCUACCUGCGAGACUUAUCUACGAUGCCAAGUUUAUCAUCCUUCCAUGGAAACCGAUUGGGAUUUACAAGCAGUUCCAAUUACAUCAAGAUCGCCUCUCCCUGGCAUGUUCCCAAGAAUGGGAAUAAAUGGGAUUAUGGGUACUUCAAUCGAGUCUUUAAAUCAAUUGAAGAACUUAUCAACCACCAUGAACACACCAAUAUCGAUGCAAAAACGUUUAUCAGAGAAUUUGGAUCCAAGCCGAAAGCCAGCCUGUUGUCCCACAUGUUCAAGCGAUUAUGAACAAGAGCUAGCAAAAUUAAAACAGGAAUCAGAAAAAUCUUCAUCAGAUAAGAGCAAUCUACCUCAAUGGAUGCAAAAUGCCAAAACCAAAGAUCAAUCUCAGAUCAAGGAUCAACAACUGGUUUUAAAACAUCAAGAAUUACAAAAGAAAUGGAGUGAUACAUGUUUGCGACUUCAUCCAAACUUUAAUCAAUCUCCAAGAUUAGAUCGAAUAGUCCCAAUGGUUGUACCUUUGACCGGGUCCUACAAACCGAACAUGCUUCUAAGACAAAUCCAGCCACGGCUCGAGCCACGGUUAGAGCCGCCAAGGAGCCCGGUUCGAACCGAAUUGGUUCUUGGACCGAAAAAAGAUUCAGAAACUCCGGUUAAAGAAAAUGAAGAUUUGACGGUUAAGGACCUCUUAGGUUGCAUCUCGUCCGAACCAGAACCCAAGAUUCAAGAUUUCCACAAGGGUAAAUUCGCCAAUUCAGCGGAUACGGAUUCAUUCAAGAAGCUUCUCAAGGGUUUAAUGAAGGCGGCAUGGUGGCAGCCGGAGGCGGCUUCCACCAUCGCCACCACUAUCACACAAUGUAAAGUGGAUUCCGGUACAAGAGGUUGUGUAUGGUUAUUGUUCGCGGGUCCGGACCGGGUCGGAAAGAUGAAAAUGGCAUCGGUUUUGGCUGACCACAUUUCCGGGUCGAACCCGAUCACAUUCGGGCUCGGGGCCCGCCGCGAUGAUGAAAUGGAUACGGGUUUUCGUGGGAAAACCGUGUUGGAUCGGAUCGUGGAAGCGGUUCGAAAAAACCCGUCUUCAGUGAUCGUCCUUUCGGAUAUCGAUGAAGCGGAUUUGUUAGUUCGUGGAAGUAUAAAACGGGCCAUGGAGAGAGGCCGGCUCGCGGAUUCCCAUGGGCGCGAGAUUAGCCUCGGGAAUGUUGUGUUUGUUCUCACGGGGAACUGGUUAACCGGGCACAUCGACCAGAAUCUAGUCGAUGAGCCGCGGUUAAGGUCGAUCGCGAGUCGAGAUUGGCAGCUGCGGCUCGCGAUUGGGGAAAAACGGUUCAAACGGAGAGCCGAUUGGUUGUCUGGGAAAGAUCGAGCCACGAAACCGAGAAAAGAAUCGGGGCUCGAUCUUUCCCUUGAUUUAAAUCUAGCCGUGGACUAUGAAGAAGAUCAUGAUCGAGCCGAUGGCUCGAUCAAUUCGAGCAAUUUGACCAUGGAUCAAGAAGAUGAAGGUCAACAUUAUGGUGCGAUUUCGGUGCCUCAUGAGCUUGUGGGCCCUAGCGAUGGUGCGGUUGUGUUUAGGCCGGUUAAUUUUGGGAGAAUUAGUCGGGAAAUUGAGAAAACCGUGAAGAAUGCGUUUUCGAGUACGGUUGAUGGGAAGGUGUCGAUUGAGGUUGAUGAGGCAGCGGUUGAGAAUAUUUUGGGUGGGUUGUGGUUCGGGCGGACAACUCUCGAGGAAUGGGCUGAGCAAGUACUGGUUCCAACCUUCCGCCAGCUCAAUAGACCGGUGGCGGCUCAUGGCGGCGAUGUGGUGGUUCGAUUGGAGUCUGAUCGUGAUUCCGUGGUGAGUGGUGGCGGCGAUUGGUUGCCUAGCAAAAUUGAGGUGGUGGUUGAUGGAAUAUGAAUGUGAAAUGCUUUUGGAGGGUGAAGGGUGUAAUUUGGAACUCUUCAAUUCACGUGGGACGAUAUAUGUAAAUAGUGGGAGAUAGGGAGGUAUAGUGAAACGUUUUGAAAAAGUGAGGACUGUUAAUAGAAAGUAAUGGUCGUCAUGUUUCCCCUUAUAAAACAUUUGUUAUUUUCUUUUUAAAUUUCGUAUAAAUAUUCAAAGUAAUUAUUACCUUUUCA